AUAUCACGCGGAGAGGCUUCUGCUUCGCUGGUUCUUUCAAAGAGCAGAGAUACCCAACGCUGGCACUAAUGCCCGUCAUUUCUGAAUCCUCGUGAUAGGUAGGAGCAGAGUCUUUCAAGAAACGGGGGAACCAGGCAGGAGCCGUCCGGGGCUGGUGCGCACUGUAGUAGAUAGACAUCUUGACUGACCAACCUAGUUUCGCAGCCCGCCUGCGAGGUGAUUCGUCUCACCACCACCAACCGUUCCCCUCUUUUAUCUUAUCUAGACACAGGGGGCAGGGAGUAGAGCGGAGAGGACACGGCGGACCGUCUCAACAGUGUCUCGCUGUUUUGACCAUCCGGUUUCAUUUCAGAAACGUUUCUAACCGCAAGCUACAAAGUAGCCGUCGAGGAGCUGCCAUCUGGCCGCUGCUGCUAGGUUUAGAAGGGGAAACUGAAGACCUUCGUCUCUCAUAUACAGCAUAUACUUUGGUAGUUUGGACAGCCUCACAUCUUCGUCAGAGAUCCGUCAGAGACGAUCUCGUCGAAGUAAGCAAGCAGCAACAUUUCCCUCAGUCCCAAAGUUUCCGUUCCAGAGUUUUCUUCUUGAGCCAUAAUGUGCGGAAUCUUCGCCUACUUGAAUUAUGAGGUCCCAAAGCAGCGGUCCGAAAUCCUUGAAAUACUAUUUAACGGUCUUAGGAGGCUCGAGUACCGAGGCUACGACUCCGCUGGCAUCAGCGUUGACGCCGAUGAUGACUCAGAGGUGGUCAUCGCCACGUCAGCAGCGAUCGGCGAAAUGAACGGCCUCACGAAAUCUCUCACGGACAUCACGAAUGCUACCCCAUCAGAGCGCAAGGGUGCAGAACCUCUGCUGUUUCGACAGAAGGGGAAGAUUGCUAACCUCGUGAAGAAAGUUCGCCAAGAUGUUGCGGAAUCCGAGAUAGAUAUGAGCCGCGCGUUCCCGCGCCACGUGGGCAUUGCGCACACGCGGUGGGCCACUCACGGCGCUCCCUCCCCGCGCAACUCGCACCCGCAGUCGUCAGGUCCGAAGCACGAGUUUCUGGUGGUGCACAACGGCAUCAUCACCAACUACAAGGCGCUGAAGGGCACUCUGCAGCGGCAGGGCUUCACGUUCGAGUCGGAGACGGACACGGAGGUGAUCCCGAAGCUCGCCAAGUUCGUGUACGACAAGCUGCUACAGUCCGAGGGCGGGCAGGGCGGCGAGGGCCUGGCCAACGGGAGCGCAGCCAACGGCGACACGCCAGGCGAGCGCGUGGCGUUUACCCAGGUGGUGAUGGAGGUGAUGCGGCAGCUGGAGGGCGCCUACGCGCUGCUCUUCAAAAGCCCGCACUUCCCCAACCAGCUCGUCGCCUGCAAGCGCGGCAGCCCGCUCCUCCUCGGAGUCAAAAUCCCCUCAGACGGCCGAGUCAAGUCCGCGUUCGACAUAGUAGGGGCCGAGGAGGGGGGGCUAGUGCGGGGGGGUGCGGCGACUGGCCCCAGGGAGCUGUUUUUAGCGAGUGAUGCGAGUGCUGUUGUGGAGCAUACGAAGAAGGUGAUGGUUAUAGAGGAUAACGAGGUGGUGCAUAUCAGGGAUGGCGUGGUUUCACUGUUUUCAUAUGAGCCAGAUAAGGCCAAGAGGGGGCUACCGCCCUCCACCGCACUGCAACGCGCUCUAUCCACCCUGGAGAUGGAGGUAGAGCAGAUAAUGAAGGGCAGCUAUGAUCACUUCAUGCAGAAAGAGAUUCACGAACAGCCAGAGAGUCUCACCACGACGCUCAGAGGGAGGCUGAUACACGGCAAGGCGGACUCGCUCUCCCCUACUGCCUCCAAUGCCUGUGCUGUCGCCAGCUCGCUCCAACCCUCGGCAGCGGCAGCAGCGGCAGCGGCGGCGGCGGCGGCAGCUGGCAUCGCUUCUGCGUCUACCACCGCUUCCAUCGCUGUUCCUGGUUCGGGUUCAGCUGGGAGCAGCCCGUCAUCAUCAGCAGCAGCAGCAGGGGGGGUUUCCGGGCUACCGCCCCUCUCCCCUCUCUCCAAGCUUACCCAUGACAGCCGCGGCAGCUCUAACCCGUGGGCAGAGGAGAAAGGAGUGCUUCUUGGCGGCUUGAAAGAGCACCUCCUCACCAUCCGUCGCAGCAGGCGGAUUAUCUUCGUCGGGUGCGGGACCAGUUACAACGCAGCCCUGGCCGUGCGUCCCUUGCUGGAGGAGCUCUCAGGGGUGGCGGUGCAGUUAGAGCUGGCUAGUGACAUGUUGGACAGACGCGCGCCUGUCUAUAGGGAGGAUACGGCGGUGUUUAUGAGCCAGUCGGGCGAGACGGCGGACACGCUAGCGGCGCUGGAGUAUGCAAGGGCGAGGGGGGCGCUGUGCGUGGGCGUGACUAACACAGUGGGGAGUGCCAUUGCUCGGGGGACGCACUGCGGGGUGUUCAUCAACGCCGGUGCUGAGAUUGGCGUUGCAAGCACCAAGGCGUACACGAGUCAGAUUGCAGUGCUGGUGAUGAUGGCGCUGGCGAUUGGGGAGGACAGCAUCUCGACACGGGAGAGGAGAGAUCGGAUCAUCGACGGGCUCAUUGACCUGCCCAGGAAGGUCCGUCAAGUGUUAAGGCUUGACUCUGAAAUUCAGCAGCUAGCCCGGGAGCUGUCGGGCGAGCAGAGCCUGCUGGUGUUUGGGCGCGGGUACAACUACGCUACGGCGGUGGAGGGCGCGCUGAAGGUGAAGGAGGUGGCGCUGAUGCACAGCGAGGGCAUCCUGGCUGGCGAGAUGAAGCACGGCCCGCUUGCCCUGGUCGAUGCAACACUGCCGAUUAUAGUUGUGGCGACAAGAGACGACACGUGCAGCAAGCAGCAGUCGGUGAUUCAGCAAUUGCAGGCCCGCAGCGGCCGAUUGAUUGUGAUUUGCUCUGAGGGAGAUGCGGAUCUCAUGUGUCCCAAUGGUGCGGCAAAGAUCAUCGAAGUGCCACAUGUGGAGGACUGCCUGCAGCCGGUUAUCAACAUAAUUCCUCUCCAGCUCCUGGCGUACCAUUUGACGGUCAUUCGGGGAUACAAUGUGGAUCAACCUCGGAACCUCGCCAAGAGUGUGACGGUAGAAUGAAUGGAUAUUGCAGGGUGGUUUUGCAUAACAUCGUUGUUGUGAUUUUUGUUUCAAGUAGUGUUAUCGUUGAUAGUUGAGCACGCGCCUCUAACUUCUGACUGUAAGGGGGUGUUAUAAUAGCUGUUUGUUUUGGGUCGUGGAUGAGCAACAACUGCUGUUCUAGAGGCAAUAGAUUGGGUAGGAGAAUUAAUGAGAAUUACUAUGCCUACGUUUUGAUAGUGGAGU